GGAGGCCUCGAGACGUGGUGGCCUUAUACUACGCCCUUCCUGUGGUGGCGCUGUCGCGCGCGGCUGACAGGCACAGGGAAAGGCAGCCCUCUGAGUAUCAGGGAAAGCAAAAGCCUAGGGGUCAAGUCUGGGGCUGGGGAGCUGCAGGCAGUGCUGAGAGUAGCGGGACGCGAGGGCUCCCGAUGGAACAAGAGUCACAGGAUGUCCCCCUGGAAGAGGCACGCUAAAAGAUGGGAACUAUUACGUGAGAGAGUAGGAUGGAGGUGGUGACGUGAUAAGGGUCACAAGCUCUCAGGGAGUUAGUUGGGGAGAAGAGGUCAUAGAUCGCACAGGUGAGAAGACCCUAGGCUUAGAGGAAUCACAAACGCGGGGAGGCUGAUCUUCUGGGAGGCUGCAUGGAGGUGUCCCUGUCUCCAUGGAGGACCUGCGUCCUGAGGAAACCACGGAACAGCAAGAUUCGCCCAAGGAGACGAGUCCCAGUGACUCAGGAGGCAAUCUCUGCCAUCUAGAGGCCCUGGAGUGCACCCACUGCCUCAUCACCUUCGCCGAUUCCAAGUUCCAGGAGCGUCACAUGAAGCGGGAGCACCCAGCAGACUUUGUGGCCCAGAAGCUGCAGGGGGCCCUCUUCAUCUGCUUCAUCUGCGGCCGCUCCUACCUGUCCUCCAAGGCCCUGAUCGCCCACCAGCGCAGCCAUGGUCCAGGCACCAGGUCUUCCCCACCGGAUGUACCCACCACUGCCCAGCCUCCCUUUCCUUGUCCUGACUGUGGCAAGGCCUUUGGGCAUGCGGCCUCUCUGAAGCGGCACCGCCAGGUACACAAGGUCUGUACCCCGCCUCGCCCCUUUGCCUGCACUGAGUGUGGUCAGGACUUCGCCCAGGAAGCAGGACUCCAUCAGCACUAUAUUCGGCACGCUCGGGGAGAGCUCUGAGUGUGACCGCAGUGAUGAGGGCUCUGAGGGCUGUGGGACCCACAUGGAACAGGAGGCACAGGCCUUCUGGGGGCCCUAGUGGGGUUUAAUUCCCUCUGUGGGAAGGCAGAGAGCUCUUGACAGACCGGACCCAGAAGGUUGUCACUGAGAGCUUCAGUCUUUGGAGGACACAGGCCCUUUAGAGUGAAAUCACUCUAUCUCUUCUAAGCUCUUUUUUUUUUAGAAAAGGAGGCAGGAAGAGCGAGAGGGAACAUUUUUUGUUUUCUUCAUUCCCAGUUAAAUAAGCAGCUGCAGACUGUGUAAUUACCUUCGGUUUUCCCCAAUGGAUGCCAUUGGCCACCAGAGCAAACUGCCCUGGAUCUGUGCCUGCCUAGGGGGCAGGAAGGGCAGGUGCUGCUGGCUGAGUUCCAGACCUGCAGACCUGCAGACCUGAGCCUUUGGGGAUGGGACAGCAAGGCAGGGCGCCGGGCCCCAGGUCACAUAGGGGUUGCAGUGUGGGUUUUUGUCUUCCUCCCUUUCCUGGGCCAGCCUCUCCUACUCCAGAGUGUUUUCUAUCCAUAUAGAGAUGACAUAAACAAGCCCAUGGAAAUGGUAUCUAAAAACAAAACAUCCAUAUUUAAAUAUCUAAGCAGGGAGCUCUGGCUUUUAGUGGAAAAUGCUAGAGAACAUAAGGAUGUGGGGUGGAGGGAGGGCAGGGCAGAGUUGGCCCAACCCUGUAGGGAAACUAGUUUGGUAUCAAACAGAGAUGCCUUCUGUUCCAUGUUUUGUUUGGCUAACACUGGGAGAUCUCCUGUUACGAUCCUAUUUUUAGCUCUCUCAAAGGGCCCAGCUCAGGGCUUACAUGGUCAGUGCAGCAGAAGCUACAAGCUGGAGCAGAACAGCAGGUGUCACCUCAAAACAGGAGGGGAGACCCACCAGGCCUCUUGUACUCCCUGACAUUACCUGCUGUGCCCCUGGAGACUCGGGCGGGUGUCCUGCAUAAAAUAUUCACAAGCUCCACUUGGAUUGGAGGGUGUUUUUGUUAAACCUGUAGUUGUGAACAUAGUGGAAACUGACGGCUGUCUCUAGUUUUGUCAGGCACACGGUGGUAGGUGUAAGGUUAUUUCCCAGACUCCUACAGCGAGGUACGGCCACUUCGUGACCAACUUCUGGCUGAAUUUCUGGGUUUCUAACGAGUGCGGGUGUGGUACCUAGCCAUCUUGGACCACAAGAUGGGGGCGACAUGGGGAUGACACAGUAACAAGGUAGCACAAGCCUAGGUCUCUGGUCGGCCUCACAGCAUUUCCAUGCCCACCUGCUUCUACACUGAUACCUAAAAGAAAUAAACCUCUCUUUUAAGCCACCA